AUGCGAAGCAGGCCGUUGCCAGACUUGACCCAGGGUAUACCGUCCACUUUAGAUGCGGAAAUGGAGGCACAGUCGAGGCAAUCAGAUCCAAGGAGUCUCAACAUAACUGAAAAACCUGGUUCUGAUGGAGGCAGAGGCGGCGACAUACCCAAGUACGAACACGUCUCAUCAGUCGAGCAGAAACGGGUACGAUUUGCACAGAUAGCCUAUACCGUCCUUUUCUCCACAAUUCUGGGUACAAUAAUAUGGGAGGGGCGGAAUUGGGAAACCGAAGAAGAUGAGAAGAGACACCCCGAAGCACCCUCUGGCUGGGCUCUUGGGUCGUUCUACAAGCGUGUGAAGGCACGGAUGAGUGAAACAUCGGCCUACUAUACCGAGCCAACCUUCCCAAAGCUACUGCCUGAUCCAGAUCCCGUUUGGGCAAGACCUUACACACUCGUGUUAAGCAUGGAAGAUCUACUUGUGCAUUCAGAAUGGUCGAGGGAACACGGUUGGCGGAUGGCGAAACGACCUGGGGUGGACUACUUCUUACGGUACUUGAGCUCAUACUAUGAGCUUGUGAUAUGGACGGAUAGCUCGAUAGCCAUUGGGCAGCAAGUCUAUGCGAAACUGGACCCUUAUCGAGUUGUCCUUUGGCCUUUGUUUAAAGAAGCUACAAAAUAUGAAAACGGGGAAUAUAUCAAGAAGAGACAGGACAUAUCCUACCUGAACCGAGACCCAAGUAAGGUCAUCGUGCUUGAUACGAAGCCUUCACACGUCAAAACACAGCCCGAGAAUGCCAUCAUUCUACCUCCAUGGACCGGGCAACCUGGCGAUAAAGACCUCGUUUCCUACAUUGCCUUCCUCGAGUACUGCGCGUCCAUGAAUUACAAAGACCUACGGGAAGUGUUGAAAUCAUUCGAGGGCGAACACAUCCCGACUUCAUAUGCGAGACGGGAAGCUGCGAUUCGGGAAAAGGUUCGAAAACAGCAGCCCACAGCACAAGGUGCCAAACCGAGAAAAUCUUUCUUUUCCUCUCUUUCUGGUGGGGCGGGUGGCCAAUUGAUUGGACCUGACGGUACGGAGCUUCCAACUUACGCCGAGGCAUCAAGGCAAGGUAAGACAUACAUGGACAUGGUCCGCGAGCGGGGCCAAAAACAGUAUGAGAUUCUGGAGAAAGAGAUCAGGGAGAAUGGGGAGAAGUGGUUGAAGGAGAUGGCCGAUGAGGAGAAGAAACAACAGGAUGAGGCCAUGAAGAGUAUGAAAUCUUCAUUCACCGGCUUCAUCCCUUUCUUUGGUAGCAACAGGGAUGAGUCUACGAACAACAGGGGAGAGCAAGGAAGGUCAUCAUAG